AUGCAAACCCUCUACGUGCUUCUUCCACUGCUAGCGGUUUCCAGUGUUUCGAACAUGCGCAUUUGUUCGGAUCUCUUCUACAGCGUCGCUGAACUGAUUCAUUUACAGGAUCCUGUGGCAAAGUUCCAGGAGGUUUGCAAGAAUUAUCACAGUGCUUCAUUGUGCGUUGAAAAUCAGAAGGAUACCUGCGUACAGACGACCCUGUUCGAGAUCGCCCUGAGUGGCCUUGACGAGCUCUGCAAUGAAAGAGAAGAAGACCUUAUGCCACAUAGAGAGUGCCUUGACCAGCAUGCUGAACUCGUUCUGAAGAAUUGCGACCAUUCUUGUCAACUCACCAGUGUGCUCACGAAUUUGGCAGGGCAAGGUAAUGCUAAGCGGCUGCAGCAACUGGAAGAAGAUCACGACGCAUUGGCGAAGGUUUGUGCACAUCCUUGA